AGACCCAAUUUUACAUUGAAAUUUGUUCUCUUGUCUUGCCGCUUGCUGGCUCGUGGGCGACGCGCUCCACUGCACUCCCAAAGGGGAAAUGCCCCCGCCAACCCCCUCAGGCGCGGCUCCGUCCACAGCAUAGCUUUCCAUCCAACAUUCUUCCUCCCUCCAACAAUCCUCAACAACUCUCAAUGAUUACAGUGUGUAUUUGGGCACUUCUAAAUGUAUCCUGCUGCAUCUAAUCUUACACUUUGAUAAUUUUGACGCGUUGCUACUCUCAUCGCCAAAAACUAGUUCUCUCGCCAUCCAUCCCCGAUUGCCUUCCUCUCCUCUCCACCAGUCUUCUCCUCCUAUCGCUCUCCGUUAGAUACAGCUUCCUUGCCAACUAUAUUACCUUAUACACUCAACUACUACGAGACUCAAUCUACCUUUUUGCCUCUCACUACUCGAUUCCAAACGACGUCCUCCACGACAUUCCAACUAUCUGCGGCCUUGCUUCCCCUGUGGAAGCGGAGGAUUUAUCCCCCUCGCUUUCUGCGCAAGGACUCUAGGGUCAUAUUAACGCCCUCUACGAGACUCUGUCUCUUUAUCGCCACUCCUCUUCCUCACCGGUUAUCCACCAUGGCUGCGGCCACACCAUCGCCCGCUGCGAAUGAUAGGAAAAGCUCCAGUACCCCCGCGUCCCCCGUGGAGUCAACUACCUCACAACCGACAGGUGCCAAACGGAAACGAACAGCAGAGCCCAAGUUCUAUGCGGUGAAGUUUGGAUUUCAGCCUGGCGUUUACCAUACGUGGAAUGACUGUUUAACGCAGGUGACAGGUUUUAAGGGUGCUGUUUUCCAAUCGUUUCCUACCCUCGAUGAAGCGAAUGCCUUCCUAACAGGAACCCAAACCGCUACGGCGCCUGGAAGCACCUCUACCGGCUCAAAAUUUUACGGUGUACAACGGGGGCGAAAACCGGGUGUAUAUACUGACUGGGCAGUGACACAGGAUCAGGUGCGAGGAUUUCGGGGACCGAAAUAUCGCAAGUUCGCUACUUGGGCUGAGGCAGACGCUUUCGUUCGACAAGGCCAACAGACGCCGGUAGUGAUGCCAUUGGCGGGGGAUGCAGAGCUAAGCGCAGAUCCUUCCUGGAAGAUGAACCUACCUGGUGCUCCUGGCCUUACCUCGGAACGUCCGACCGACGCAGAUGGCAACGAGUACCCACCUGGGCUGGGACCCUUGCCCCCGGGUGCAGUUGACGGAUUUGACCCAAACAUUGUUCUUGAUCCUACAACUGGAAAAUUGAAAUAUAGAUCUCCACAUGAAAAGGUACCGACGAAGCAGCAACCAGGCCGUCCCGGCCCUUUGAAAAUAUAUACAGACGGAAGUUCUUUGAGGAACGGCGCUAUGGGGGCCAAGGCGGGUAUUGGAGUAUAUUUCGGUCCUGGGGACGAGAGAAACGUGUCCGAGCCACUGAAAGGUAGCCGACAAACAAACCAACGGGCAGAAUUGACAGCAAUCAUACGCGCACUUGACAUCGCGCCACGACAUCGCGAUGUAACCAUUUUCACGGACAGCAAGUAUGCCAUCAACUGCGUAACGGUAUGGUUUGUAAACUGGCAGCGCAACAAAUGGAUGACGGCGCAGGACAAACCGGUCGAGAACAAGGACCUAAUCCAAUCCAUCCUGAUGAAAAUCGAAGAGCGGACGGUGAUGAAUGUCAAGACGUUGUUUGAGUGGGUUCGGGGGCAUAGUCGCGAUCCAGGCAAUGAGGCAGCCGACCGGCUGGCAGUGAAUGGAGCAAAGAAUGCCCCGCUGGCAUCGAAUAACAUGACGACUCCCGAACCUGGAGAUGACGAUGGCGGGAUAAGCGGUGGUGAUGAUUAUGAUGAUGCCAUCGAUGAGGGCGAGCAGCGGACUGGGUUUGGGAUCGGGGAAUGCUGAAGCGACAUUACUAGAAGAUGAAUGUCAAGGCACUUCUGUAGCCGGUUGUGUACUCCUUAUUUUUCAUUUCUCUCCUUCUCUGUUCCUUUAAUGUUGUGUGUCGUUGUAUGGGACUUUUAUCUACUUUUCAUAUUACCCUGUCUAGUUGUGUCCAGGGAGUUUCGUUUCUUCCUCCAAAGAAGGAAUAUUGUAUAUUUCCCUUGGCACGACUUCUUUGCACUUGGUUUCUCCUUUUACCAUUUUAUAGUCUCCGAUUCUCCAUUCAUAUUCUGCGACCGAACAAUCAAUAUGUUUCAUGUAUUUACUUCCCUUGCUAUUGCUGUUAUAGCUAGCUACACAUCCAUCUAAAGUGUGUAGCUAAUUAGCGAUGACAUGAUCUAUCUCAUUAACGGUAGUUAUGGAGAGUAUUCCUGUAAACCAAUAUUUCACAUGUAGCAAUGAUGCUGCUCUUUUUUUUCUUUUUUUUUGCUACUCCCCUCAGCGAGCGGAUUAAGAUUCAUAUAAAAUGUCAUCUGUCAUCUGGUCAACUGACUAACUGCAAUCACCACCAGUUUACACUGGAGGAAGAGGGGCUGGAAUACACAAAGGAGAGCUAGCCUUGGUUAACAC